UUUGCCAGAAAGACACUGUACAAAAUAUUUAAACUCCACCUAGGCUUAUAUGAUUAUUUAUCUGAUCUUUUGUCUAGGAGCCGCCCUGCAUGUUCAUGACUUUGCUAUGGUGGGUGUGGAUUGGUUGGUAAAAAACGUGACCUACAGAGAGAACUGCUACGUGUGCUUCACAGAUGAGCAGACCGUGCAGUUUAUCUUCUCCUCUGGACAACCUGCGUCUCGUCCACGCUGCUCCUCAUGGACUUUGCUCAGAUCCCUCAGGGAGAAGAUUAAAAACAGCACUGAUUUGGACAACAGUUUCAAUCGAAAUCUCACGCUUUUCACCGAGGACCCAGAUAGAGCCUAUCCUAGGCAAGAAAUUGUGUGGAAGAGAUUUGAGCAGGCAUUCUUGGUGGCCUACGGGUUGGUCACCUAUGCACCUGUGUUUAAAGACUACCUCUAUGAAGGUCUCAGACAGUUUUACGAGGACAACAUCAUGUAUGUGGAAAUCAGGGCGCUGCUGCCAGCGACAUAUGAACUUGAUGGCAGAUUAAAUAACAAGGACUGGAGUAUGAGGGCCUGCCAGGACGUUGUGAAAGGAUUUACAGCAAACUUCCCAGACUUCCUAGGGGCUCGAGUGAUUUUUACCGUCCACAGGGGUAUAAAUGCAACUGAGGCGGUGAAGACAGUAGAGGAAGCAAUGACACUACACAGGGACUUUCCAGAUAUCAUGGCAGGCUUUGACUUUGUAGGACAGGAAGACCUUGGAAGACCUCUGUGGUACUUCAAGGACGCUUUGAGUCUACCUGAAGACAGGGGUGUUAACCUGCCCUACUUUUUCCAUGCAGGAGAGACAGAUUCACAGGGAACAGAUGUCGAUCAGAACCUCAUGGAUGCUCUUCUAUUCAACACCACACGUAUAGGUCACGGCUUUGCUUUGGCACGUCAUCCUGUAGUUAAAGAGUUGUCUAUAAAGAUGGAUGUACCAAUUGAAGUCUGUCCAAUCUCAAAUCAGGUGUUAAAAUUGGUCUCAGACUUGCGGGACCACCCAGUGGCAGUACUGAUGGCUGAGGGUCAUCCUGUAGUGAUCAGCUCAGAUGAUCCAGCUCUGUUUGGGGCCACUGCCCUUUCACACGAUUUCUACGAAGCCUUCAUGGGUUUUGGAGGAAUGAGCUUUAAUUUAGGCACAUUGAAAGAGCUGGUCAUAAACUCCCUCAGGUACAGCUCAUUGCCAAGUCAAACAAAAAAAAAGGCUAUUGAGGUAUUGCUGGUAAAAUGGGACAAGUUUGUCUUGGAAAGUUUACUGUAGACGACUUUAACAGAUAGUCUGUAAAUCAGGACAUUUUAAACAUGCUCUAAGGGCAUUUUUACAGGAUGUUUUCCCCAUUUGUUUAUCAUAUUGGUGAACAUACUGGGGUGUGAAUACUGCAGUUUACACUGUUACUUGGUGUGAGGAAAUGAAUGUAUUAUCUUGAACUAGCCUGUGCUGCCAGCUGGUGCAGAAUCUGUGUACUAAUCAUCUGUACUUUCAUUGACUCUAGUGCUUGCACCUUCAGGCUGAUGACAGCAAUUUUGUAAAUACUAAUCAAGAUUUUAGAUUUUUAGACAGCAAAGUGACACAACAUAUAGGUGUUAACAGGGUAGACCACUUCAGGACACCUGUUAAACAACAAAAACUGUGAUGUAUGAUGUCAAUUAAUUGUUUUAUUUGAAAAAGUAGUA